ACUCUGCAGACUCACACAGACACACUCCGAGCUUUUCCUUCCAGAUCUGCCGCGUCUUUACUAACGGGACAAGUUUAAACCUCCUGGAUACCUCCGCUUCCUCUGCGCUUUUCCCUCGCCUCCAUGUGAACAUCUCCACUCGGACUGAGGCUGUUUUACUGCUGCUGAAAGGAUGAUCAUGACGAUAAUGGGAGGAGGCCGCGGCCGAAGGUGCAGCCCUCGCUAGAAUCCUAAUUCUAACCCAAUUCACCCCUCUGCUGUCACCCACAACUGCUGUCCUUCCCUCCGGCGCCAUGGCCAACCACCUGGAGCUGAUCCAAGAGCUGCAGCAGCUGGACAAGGUGCCCAGUCUGGAGAGGCUACGGGCGGCACAGAAGCGGCGAACCCAGCAGCUGAAGAGAUGGGCUGUGUACGAGAAGGAGAUGCAGAACAAGAAGCGAAAGGCGGACAAGAAGGGGCGCAACGCCAACAACCUCCAGCAGCCAGAGUCAAAGAGGCACGUGUCGUUUGCCGCCAGUGUGGCUCUUCUGGAGGCAUCGGCCAGGAAUGAUCCAGAUGAAGUUCGUUACCUGCUGAAGAACAAUGUGAGUCCAGACCUCUGCAACGAGGACGGUCUGACUGCUCUGCAUCAGUGUUGUAUAGACAACUAUGAGGAGAUGGUGAAGAUCCUGCUGGAGCGAGGAGCCAGCGUUAACGCUCAGGACAAUGAACUGUGGACACCGCUGCAUGCUGCUGCUACCUGUGGCCACGCGGGACUCGUCAAGAUACUCAUCGCACACGGUGCAGAUCUGCUGGCAGUCAACUCUGAUGGGAACAUGCCCUACGACCUGUGUGAAGACGAUCCAACACUGGACAUCAUUGAGACAGCCAUGGCCAACAGAGGCAUCACCCAGGAGAUGAUCAACGAGACACGAGCGUCAACGGAGAGGAGGAUGCUGGGAGACAUUCAGGAACUGAUGAGACAAGGAGAGGAGGUCAACCAGCACGACUCUCAGGGAGCCACGCUGCUCCACAUCGCAGCAGCAAAUGGCUACGUACAGGCUGCAGAGCUGCUGCUGGAGGGGGGAGCUCGCAUGGACCUGAGAGAUUCAGAUGGAUGGCAGCCUCUUCAUGCUGCAGCAUGCUGGGGUCAGAUGCAUGUGGCGGAGCUGCUGGUGUCUCAUGGAGCCAGUCUCAAUGCCAAGACCUUCCUCGAGGAGACUCCCAUUGAUCUGUGUGAGGACGAGGAGUUCAGAGCCAUCCUGCUGGAUCUGAAACACAAACACGACAUUAUCAUGAAGUCACAGCUCAAACACAAGACCUCACUGUGUAGGCGAACAUCCAGUGCAGGCAGCCGUGGGAAAGUGGUGCGGCGAGCCAGUCUGUCAGACAGACACAACUUGUGUCGUAAAGAGUACGAGACGGAGGCCAUCGUGUGGAGGGGAGGAAGGGAGGAGGAAGACGACAAGGAGAAAGAGUCAGAUCAGGAGAAUAUUCAAGUGGUAAAUGUCAAACCAGUUGUAGCUGUGGAGCUGCCAGACAAGUCCAAGCUGCCCACCAUCCUCAAAGAUGGCAGCAACAAACAAAACGGCCUCAUCUCCACGACGACGUCCGUGCCACCGCAGCCGCCCUCCAAUGGCAACACGCCAUCGUCCAAUAAGGGCGGGGUCGUCGCCACCCCGCCCGCCCCGGAGGAAGCCUGGCCAAGAGAGCGCGCUCAGACUCUGUCGGAGCUGAAGAAACAGAGGGCCGCCGCCAAACUGUUGAAUCACCCCUUGUUCAACGGUCACCUUGGUAACGGCUCCACAGACUCCUUCACUGAUGCCAAAAGCACCUCGGAGGACCCUCGCAUGCCGCUGGUGUCCUCCAAUGGCAAUGCAGUUUACUACACGCCAGCCAGCGGCGAUCCGCCUCUCCUCAAACUGAAACAGCCUCUAGAGGAAGAACAGCCGAAGGCGCGGACCUGCUGCUGCGUGUCGUAGCGCCGCGAUCAUGUGACUGCUGACGGAACAGGAAGUGUUUGCACAGAGAAGAGGGAAGCGUUCUGUAGAAGGGAGGAGAGAAACGAAGGAAAUAGGGAGUUUUCCUGUCUUUUAACAUCCUGUUCCUCCCCCAACUGUAAACUUCUUCCUGAGAAGAUGGAAGGCCUGAAGAAGGCAAAAAAACUUCUCCUUGUACCUCCAUGUCACAUGACUCCUGCUACACUUGGAGACACCCUUUGUGAAUGCAGGCAUGUUUAAAGCAGAGCAUAGGAGAGGAACUGUGCCACUUUUUUGCUGUUUGGAUAAAAUCAAUUAUCACGAAUGGAGUCUCUUUUCAGGACACGCCAAAUGGAUAGAAACAUCAAGCUGUUUCUGAGGCCCUGCUACACAUUUUUAAGAAUCAAUAUUGUCAGUUUUUUGGAAGCUCUUCACCUGAGUGACAACAGGUGAAACAUCAAAAUCAGGAGAGUAGGGAAGAUUGUAAGGUACUGCAUGUUCUGCCCUCAGACAGGAUGGAUCAUUAUUACUCCAUUAAAUAGCAUUUCCUACAGGACAAACAUUGUAAGCACAGCAUUCUGCUUUUUCACCACAUUCUUGUCAUUUUCAAAUAAGCAGGACGGCCACCGUGGAGCGGUCCAGAAAUACUGUAUUACACCGUGUUGUGCUACAGCGUAGCAAAAAGAGAUCUGUGACAACAUUUCUGAAACGCUGCCUGCAAAAGUGAAGGGAAGGAAUGCCAUAAAACAGUGUUAAAAUAUUCAAGAAGUGUACUUCUGCAGCGAGAGGUGACAGGAAAGAGUAAAAAAAAAAAAAAAGUACUGCACUAGUGUAUGAAACUGUCACUAUAUUGUCAACUAUACUUCACCUCACCGUCCUCUCAUAUCGAACAUAAACUGACAGGUCAUGCUUUGUUUUUUGUAUAAUCCACUUUGUGCUCACUCGUAUAGAUAAUUUAAGCAAACAUGGUUGAAAAUUACUGUACAUUUCUUUAUUAUUUAUGAAAUUAAUGUAAUGUAUAAAAAAAAAAAAAAAAACAUACUGGUUCCUAAAGUUGAGUGUAUUUAUUAUUUGGAUGGUGUGUGGAGAGUGAAUGCAAUAUGAUGAUGACGAGCCGGGAGAGUCUUUCCAGCCGAGCACCUUCUGACAUAGAAAAGUCGUUCAAAUGAUAAAGUGAAGUAAGGAUUACUGUCUGCUAUAUGUACGUGCGAUUUUAUAACACAGAUCCAUCUCACUUGGAUGGAUUCAUAUUUGUGUCACUACAAAUAACAGUGUUAUUUGUUUAUGUUGUUUUUUCCCCUAGUGGCCAUUGUGUGGCUUCUCCCAGUCACUGUAUUUGUCUUAUUAAUGGAAAUUUGUAAAUGUGAUGUAAUGAAUUACUGUAAGUGUUGUUUUCAGAAGAUACAAACUUAAUGCCUCAUUUACAAAAAACUAAACAAAACCUUAAUCCUCAUUUGGAUUUGAUAUGUAGCGAUCCCGUACGAUUUUUUUCAGGUGUCUUUGAAUGCAUCAUGGGUCCAACACGAAAUAUACACUCAGUCUGAAAAACUAGUUUCUCUGCUUGAUUAAAGGAAUAGUUUGAUGUUUUUGGAAAUUCUAGACAAACUUGAACGAGGAAAUCAAUAGUAUACGUGCAUGUAUGCUUAAUGUGUGGCUGGAGCUAAAACCCAGCAGAUAUUUUAGUGUACCACAGUGAGCCAGCAUGUCCAAUACCGAACCUUGAACUUGGCUCACCUAUACAGGACAAAUCCAUUUGUUACAGUUGUGCGUUUCCUGCUUCGACCCGUCAAAAUGUCAGGAAACAGAUAUAUCAGUGAGAUUUUAAAAUGCCGAUAAGCAGAUUUUCGAUAUUUGAACAAAGUCGAACUAGCCUCCAUUUCCAGUCUUUAUGCUAAGCUAAGUUGUAACUUCAUAUUGUACAACUAUAAGCAUGAUGUCGAUCUUCUCAUCUAACUCAUCGGAUUUCCAAAAAUGUUGAUGGAAACCUUUAGUCUAACAACAGCUACCCUAACCUUGUGAGUGCCAAAGAGUUAACAAAAAAAAAAAAAAAAAAAAAAGACAGCUGGACAUUUAGAAAGUUUGGAAGAAGACUUUCUUUGCCGUUACAGAGAUUCAUUUGCUUUUGAGCUUUUGAUUACCAGCCCCUUUGACAAUAUGAUUUCCCACAAUGCCAUUCUGUCACACUUUAUGCCCACAUCAGCUGUACAGUGUCAAAUAUUUGUACAGAGUUUAUAAAUAUGUUUGUAUUAGUAUCCCUUUAUCUGUUCCCAUGACUUGCAUUUACAUGUCUGUGUUGUUACUGUUGAGGAACAUAUGGGAAAAUACAGUUACCCAUCCCGAUGAACAGCGUUAGCAGACUUUUGCUUGUAAAGGGGAAACUGUGACACUGUCUAGACCCCCUUGCAAAGUUGUGUCCACCCAGGCAUCUUCAACAUGUUUUGUGUUUCCUCCCUGCUCUUCAGAAACUGGUCUCUGCUCUUCAUUCAAAACUGAAUGAUGAAAUAUUUCUACACAAAAGGAAACGGUUUGUUUUUCAGUUAGAGGAAGUUCACAUGAAGUCCAAGACUUUUGACAUUUCACUUAUUUUAUUUUUUUCUUUUCUUGGAAGGAACCAAGGCAGUGAUAUCAUCUUGGUAAGAUCUUGAGACAGCCAAAAAAAUGUUGAAGUUCGUUUUGGUGCAAACAGUUUAAUUAAAAUUUUAACUUUGUUUCCUUAUUAAUGAAGUUCAAUCAAACUGAAUUGUAAUUUUGAACUACAACCUGGUUAGUAUAAUUCAGAAAAAGGGACAGUUGCCUGUUAAAAAGUAGCCUGUGUUGUCAUGGUAUACAUAGAUCAAGGCUUGCGUUUGACUGCGAACCUCGUUGUCUAUAAGGAUAAGAUUAUACGGACAGAAAACUACUGAUUUUGUAAUUACUGGAAUAUAUUGAUGGUUGCAUUAACAUAUUUUGAAUAAAUUGUAUAUUUUGAGAAUUUUAA